GACCUCAGGACGGGGACGGGUCGUUAUGGCCGAGCCGCUGCUCAAGAGAACUUUCUCCAGACUGAGAGGCAAAGACAGAACCAGGAGGAAGACCGACCCCAAACUAAGCGAUGUCGCUGGGAAGGCGGGCGACGUCCUCCACACGUCUUCACCUCCAUCGAACCCCGACCCCUCGCCGCCACAGAACCACAUCACAGUUGCUAAGAAACAGUCAUGGGCACGUCAGGGCUUUGCGGCACCGCCCACACGCCUGCCACCGAGCUCCGCCCCCAGAAACUCUGACCAGGAGCGAGCGGCGGGAGCAUCCCAGGAUGCACCAGGGCAGUCAUGGAGUCAGAGGCUGCUGCAGGAUCAGACGGAUCUGUGUGGCGUUGGUCCGGCGCUGGACGUGACCAGCUGUGUUCCCAUCAGUUCCACCGCCAUCCUGCAGGACGCCUCCCAUCCAGCAGGGGGCGCUCCUGAAGGGCCUGGCUCCGCCACCAGCACCAAGCUGUCCGGCCAGCGGACCUACCUGCAGAGCCUUGACCGCAGCAGUCGAGCUUGGGUGCUGUCCUCAGGAAAGACCCAGGCUUCAGACGAGGCCCGCGGGCCGCAGCAGGAGAGCGGCGGCAACAUCUGGUACAACCCGAUCCCCGAGGAGGAGGACGCUGCGGCACCGCGGCGGGAGGAGGAGAUCUGGAGGAGGAGGGACGACAGGGAGGAGAGAGGAGCGGCAAGGAGGCCGGCAGACAUCCGGGCAGAGCCAGGAGGAGCCUGGACCGGGUCCACGGAGAGUCAACCGGAGGGCGCCAACCCCAGUGUCAGCCACCUGACCGAUGACAUCACCACAGAGAACACAGACUCCGCCCACUCAGACUCUAGCCCCGCCUCUCAGAAAAAAGGGGGCGUGUCCAGCAGUGUGAUGGACAGGCUGCGGUCUCCGGGGACGGUGAGGAAACUCUCGAUGAAGAUGAAGAAACUUCCCGAGCUGCGCCGCAAACUCAGCCUCCGCUCGUCCUCCCGCGCCAAUCGCCAGGGCAAUGACAGCAAAGGGGGCAGCGACGAGUCCACCAAUAAAAAUCCGCCGUCGGCCUCGUCGAAUCAGAACGUGAUCAGCAGGUAUCACCUCGAUACCUCCGCCCCUCCGGCCAGACCGCUACGUCGCUCAUCAAGAGGACGGUCGGCCAAAGGAGGCUACCUUAGUGACGGGGACUCCCCUGAGCUGCUGCCACGGCAACAGGCCUCUCCCGUCACAACUCCCCAGGAGACGGCAUGCGACAUGUCGUCGUUCCGGCUAUACGUGGACGCCGACCCGCCGCGCUGCAGCCAGCGGGUCACAGGGCUGCUGACGGUGCAGCUGCUGGGUCUGGAGGAGAUGAAGGGCAGCAGGUCCGAGGGCAGUAAGGAAGUCUUCCUGGCGAUCCAGAUCGACGGGUUGACCAGAGCGAGGACCGCCCUCCUGACCCUGCGAGGCUCCGCCCUCCCGCUGAACCAUGCUUUCCACCUGGAGUUGGAGCGCGCCAGGCAGCUCCGCGUGGUGGUGCUGACGCCAGCCGGUCCAGCAGCUGCAGGAGGCUCCGGGUCUGUGACGGACCAGACUUCAGGGGGUCCAGCCAGAAACAGAGUCUGCGGUCUGGGCGGUGUCUCCAUCCCUCCGCUCUUUAAAGGGAGUCGAAGUCAGCAGCUCUGUGUGAAGCUGGAGCCCCGAGGCCUGCUCUACCUCAAACUGUCCCUGCAGGAGAGGUGGGACACGCAGCCAAGCUCCGACUCCUCUCUGCCUGCUAACGUGUUUGGGGUGGAGCUGCACCGCCUGGUGGAGAAGGAAGGAUCUGCAGCUCCGGUUCCUCUGCUCAUCCAGAAGUCUGUGACGGAGAUUGAACGACGAGGACUGAAGGUGGUGGGUCUGUACAGACUGUGUGGUUCUGCGGCGGUGAAGAAGGAGCUCAGGGAUUGGUUCGAGAGGAACAGUUCCGCCGUGUGUCUCAGUGAGGACCUGUACCCCGACAUCAACGUCAUCACAGGUAUUCUGAAGGACUACCUGCGGGAGCUGCCAUCUGCACUCAUCACCAGGACUCUGUAUGAGGUCGUCAGGGAGGCCAUGACCCUACGACCCCCCCCAACUCCACCUGCGACCCCUGAUCCCCAACUGGCCCAGAACACCGUGGACCUGCUGUCCUGUCUGCCGCCUCCAGAGAGGGCCACUCUGUCCCUCCUGCUGGACCACCUCAGUCUGGUGGCGUCCCUCAGCUCGUCCAACAGGAUGACGCACCAGAACCUCGCUGUGUGCUUUGGCCCAGUGCUCCUCACACCGACCCAGGAGGCCUGGAGGGGGGGAGGAGGAGGAGGAGGAGGUGGAGGAGGAGGGGGAGGCAGGGGAGGGCGAGGAGGGAAAGGGUCCGGACACGGGGAAGAGAUAGCGAGCGCGGUCGAUUUCAAACGACACAUUGAGGCGUUGCAUUACCUGCUGCAGCUGUGGCCAGUGCCGACGCGGCGAGUCCUAGCAGAUGACCACAUCGAUGUCUCCCCGCCUCCCUCCCCUGCCCUCCCCCGCCACCCCCAGCAGCGGCACCCUGCACUGCGGCUGGCUCUGGCCCAGAACCCCGAGCAGGAGGUGGUGGUGUCCCGCCGUGGCCGAGGCGGUCUGACCCGGCUGGAGAGUCCGCCGCCAAUCAACCGGUACGCCGGAGACUGGAGCAUCUGCGGACGAGACCUUCUGUCUGGACAGGAGGCCGAUUAUGAUGAGGUGGCAGGAAGUGAGAGUGACGGAGGCAGCGGGGACGAAGAGGAGGAGGAGAAGAAGGAGGUGUGGUCAUCAGAAGGAGGAGGAGGAGGAGGUCUCUACGUGGACGAUUUCAUGGAUUUUGAUGCUCCGUUUAACUGUCGACUCAGUCUGAAGGACUUUGACACUCUGAUCCACGACCUGGACCGAGAGCUCGCCAAACAGAUCAACAUCUGUCUGUAGAGGAGCAGGAAGAGCAGGAGGAGCAGGAGGAGGAGCUUGAGGAAGAGAAGCAAGAGGAGACAGGCGAUUGUUUUAUCAGUCUGCCACUUUGAAUAAAGUUUCGUUUUCUGCUUCAGUCUGAAGUGGAAGUUCUGUUUCAGAAUGUCUACAUUUAAAUUAUAAAGGUAUUUUUCUUCUAUGCAGAAGCUUUAAUGUCCAAAGGUUCCUCAGCAGAACUGAAGAUUAUCAAACAACAGAACACAAGUAUUAUGAUUUGACCUCUGACCUCCUCACUCUGACCUCAGAGAGAAAACACAUGUUCCGGUUCUGUUCAGAGGAUUUAGAAGUCCUGAACAAGGUGAUGAGUUAAACUCAAUGUGGAACAAGAACACUUGGGUUCUCGUAGCGUCUCUGGAUCUUUCCAGAUCUUUCUGGUUUUCAAAAUGAGACCAGAUUAAUUUAUUUCCUUGAUCCAAAGUUAAACGUAGCUUCAGUGUUAAUAUGAAGGAGGAGAGUUGUUCUCGAGGAACAACAGGAACCAAAAGUUCAGAGAACCACAAUGUGGGUUCCCUAUGCAGAAUAUUAUGUUGUUCCUCUCAGAGGGUUGACUCUCUGAAGAUGUGAACUGAACUGUGACAUUGUUGUUGUUGUUCUGGGUAUCAGGGUAGCAUCCUGUUGGAACAUGGUGGAACAAGAUGGAACAUGGUGGAACAUGGUUGAACAUGGUUGAACAUGAUGGAAUAUUUUGGGCUGUUUGCACUGUUGAAGCCAUAAUUUCAUUUGUUGAAACAAUUUUAGUUGAAGUGAACGAACUGUAGCACUCACCGCACUGUUGCUGAUUCUGUCCCCCUUUAGGUUUCUGUUUCCCCUGCAGGUUUCUGUUAUGCCCGGUUGGUUUCUGAUGCCCCUUUAGGUUUCUGUUGCCCCUUUAGGUUUCUGUUUCCCCUACAGGUUUCUGUUGCCCCUUUAAGUUUCUGAUGGCCUUUUAGGUUUCUGUUGCCCCUGCAGGUUUCUGUUACCUCUGCAGGUUUCUGUUAUGCCUGGCUGGUUUCUGAUGCUCCCUUUAGAUUUCUGUUGCCCCUUUAGGUUUCUGUUGCCCCUGUAGGUUUCUGUUUCCCCUACAUGUUUCAGUUGCCCCUGCAGGUUUCUGUUGCCCCUUUAAGUUUCUGAUGUCCCUUUAGGUUUCUGUUGCCCCUGCAUGUUUCUGUUACCUCUGCAGGUUUCUGUUAUGCCCGGCUGGUUUCUGAUGCCCCUUUAGGUUUCUGUUGCCCCUUUAGGUUUCUGUCGCCCCUGUGUGUUUCUGUUUCCCCUACAGGUUUCAGUUGCCCAUGCAGGUUUCUGCCCCCCUUUAGGUUUCUGUUGCCCCUUUAAGUUCCUGAUGUCCCUGCAGGUUUCUGUUUACCCUACAGGUUUCAGUUGCCCCUGCAGGUUUCUGUUGCCCCUGCAGGUUUCUGUCAGUCCUUCAGGUUUCUGCUGUCCCCCUUCAGGCUGAGCAGCAGGGCGAUGUGAGUCAGCAGGUCUUCAGUAUUUUUCUCGGUACAGAGUUUCUCACUGUGAUGAGUUUGUGAAGAAGGAAUAAGAUGCCAUACUCAGUGUUUCCAGUGAUGUUGUUGUUGUUUUAAGUUGUUUUUGACAGUAUUACUUUGUUUUGCACAGCGAUAAUAAGCACUUAUGUUUUUUAUUGAUGAUGACGACGUUUCUAUGCAGACGAUGUAACCAAAGUGUUGAAGCACAGUUCCUGUUGGAACCGACCACAGCAGCCUGUUUGUAUGUCUUAUUAACCGACCAACAAAUAAACACAUUAUUAUUAUUAUUAA